AUGGAUCAGGCAAAGCUUGCUAAGAUGCAAGCGUCGGUGCGCAUUGGCGGCAAAGGCACACCGCGUCGUAAGGUCAAGAAGGUCAGCCGGACCGGUGGAACCGACGACAAGAAGCUACAAGGAGCAUUGAAGAAACUCAAUGUGCAACCAAUUCAAGCAAUCGAGGAAGUCAACAUGUUCAAGAGCGAUGGAAAUGUUAUUCACUUUUCAGCACCAAAAGUACAUGCAUCUGUUCCAUCAAACACCUUCGCUAUUUAUGGCAACGGUGAGGACAAGGAGCUGACCGAACUCGUCCCUGGAAUCCUAAACCAGCUGGGUCCCGACUCGCUGGCAUCACUGCGCAAACUCGCGGAGAGCUACCAAAGCAUGCAGAAAGAGAAGGGUGAGGGCAAGGAUGACGAUGACGAUGAUGACAUCCCAGACCUUGUAGCGGGGGAGACCUUCGAGGGCAAGAAUGAAGUAGAAUAA